CAACAUAGUUGUUUCUUUCUCUGAAAAUCUUUCCCGCCCUUCUCCUAAAGAGGUGACUUUUUGGGAGAUUGGUAGGGUGCGAUAAGUUAGUCGUGUCCAGGUAGAUUGUGGCGAAGACUACUACGUCUGCAAAUGGAGGGGUCUUCGCUUCAGGAAUCUGUACCUCCCCAAUCAUCAUCGGCAGACGACUCAUCAUCAUCAUCUCCACCCGCUGACGUCGAUUCUUCCUCAUCAUCAUCAUCAUCUCCACCUGAUGACGUCGAUUCUUCCUCAUCAUCAUCAUCAUCCCCAGGACCUGAUUCAAGCCAAAGCAGCAGCAGCAGCAGCUCUAAUAAUGAUGCUUCCCCUGAUCAACUUCCUCAGUCUCAGUCGUCAUCAGAUGGGGAUAAUGGGGAUUCAUCAUAUCCUCAACCCUCUUCACUGAAUCCCUCAUCAGGAAAGCAAAAAUCGAAGAAGAAUUCAUCGGACAAGGGACUCUCAGAUAAUGAGAAAGCCAUGAUUGCAGGAGUUGCAGCAGGAGCAGGACUUUUGCUUCUUAUUUUGAUCGUGUUCCUCAUCUCUUGCUGCCGUAGAAGUAAAAGGCGAAAGCAAAAGAAAUAUGGUCAAAUGAACUACUAUAACGACGCGUCUCAUGGUCAUGGAGGUGGUGGAGGUGGGUACUAUCAACAAGCUGCAGGUGGACAGAAUGGAAAUUGGCAGAAUAAUAAUGGGCAAUAUUCGGGUGAGCAGGCGCAUUUUGUUAAUAUGCCUCCGCAUAUGCAAAUGCAAAUGCAAAUGCCACCCAGCGGUGUUAUGAGUUCAGAAUAUGGGUGGGCAAUGGGUCCUCCUCCACCGCCACCACCAAUGAUGAGUAGUAGUGAUAUGAGCUCUGCAGCUUUCUCAUCAUCAGGUCCACACGGUGGUCAAGCAAUGGCACCUCCUCCUCCGCCUCCUCUGGGUGGUUUUAACCAGAGCAGCUUCAGUUAUAAUGACCUGGCAGCCGCAACAGGAGGGUUUUCUCAGUCUAACUUAUUGGGUCAAGGUGGGUUCGGGUAUGUACAUAAAGGUGUAUUCCCAAACGGUAAGGAGGUUGCAGUAAAGAGUCUAAAAUCUAAUAGUGGACAAGGAGAGCGAGAAUUUCAGGCUGAGGUUGAGAUCAUCAGUCGAGUGCACCAUCGCCACCUUGUGUCUUUGGUUGGGUAUUGCAUUGCUGGAUCUCAGAGGAUGUUGGUAUAUGAGUUUGUUACCAACAACACUCUUGAAUAUCACCUUCAUGGAAAACCCUCUCCAAUUAUGGACUUUCCAACAAGGCUUAAAAUUGCUCUCGGCUCCGCCAAAGGCUUUGCUUACCUACAUGAAGAUUGCCACCCUCGCAUUAUACACAGAGAUAUAAAAGCUGCAAAUAUUCUACUGGACCAUAAUUUUGAUGCAAAGGUGGCUGAUUUUGGAUUGGCUAAACUCUCUAACGACAACAACACUCAUGUGUCGACACGAAUCAUGGGAACAUUUGGAUACUUGGCUCCGGAGUAUGCAUCUAGCGGCAAACUGACAGAGAAAUCUGACGUUUACUCUUAUGGAGUAAUGCUGUUGGAACUCAUAACUGGACGACGGCCCAUUGAUAUAAAUAAUGAUGAUGAGGACACGCUAGUGGACUGGGCUAGGCCAUUUCUGACGCGUGCUGCAGAUGGUGGAAGCUUUGAAGAAGUGGUGGAUCCACGGUUGGAGAAGAAUUAUAAUCCGCAAGAGAUGAAACGCAUGGUGAUUUGUGCUGGUGCGUGUAUUAGGCACUCUGGAAGGAGACGUCCAAAAAUGAGCCAAAUAGUACGUGCAUUGGAAGGUGAUGCGUCUUUGGAUGAUCUAAACAUGAAUGCUGUGGCAGGGAAAACCGAUUUCGACUCCGCUGCCACUUCCCAAUCCUCUGGACAGCAAUCAAGUCACGGGUUUAGUAGCGGUGAGCACUAGUCCUAUUCUAAUUAACCUCAACUCCAUCCCUAACUAAGUACCCAGGCCACCCAAUGCUAAUUAAAAUCUUCUCAACAUUAUAUGUAUGUGCCGUGCAAGCAACAACAUCAAUACUCUAUCUAUAUAUCUAUAUAUAUAUAUAUAGCUUUAAUUUAUGUGUAAAAUGUACAGUUAAUGGACUUGUAUAUAUAUAUUAAUUAAUGGAGUGUAACCCCCCUCACCAUAGGUACUCUUU